UAAUGAAAGUGACGUUGGUUUCUCUGCCACGAGUGAAUAAGGGGCGAAGAGAGGUAUCUUCUUUGUUCCUGGAGCCUGCCCUGGAAUUGACCUCGUGCUCCUCAGAAGACCGAGGGGUGCUGAGCGCACCAGCGCAGUGGGAGCAGAGCCGGCCCCUGGUGAGGCAGCGGCUAUCUUGGUUCCCCAGUCAUGUCCUGGCAGCUGUCUGCAGUGGUGGUGCUUUUCGUGUCCCUGGCUGGGAUUUUGCAUUAUGGCAGUCAAAUAAGAGCAAAAAUGUUUCCAGAAACCUCCGACUAUCAAUCUACAGUAGCAGCAACAGCAGAGGCCACAGCAAAGCCUUUCCUGCAACUAACUCACCAAGUCCCUGGCCAAACUUCAGCAGCCAGAUCAAUGGAUGGUCACGUCCCCUCUCAAAGAGCUGCCCCAACCUCCAGCUCUGAGCCCCCAACCACACAUACAACAGUAAAAACUCUGGUAACAACUUCCUUGAUAACUACAAACAGCACCCCAACUACCAGCCCAACAACCCACACCCUAGUCACAACCUUGGCCACACCCAAUAACUCACACACACCUGCUCCAGUCACUGAGGUUACAAUUGGCCCCAGCGCAGCCCCAGGUUCACCGCCAACCACCGUCCCUCCAGCGGCGCAUAUGACAGGAACCAGCCCACCAACUAUCAGCCACACAACUAGGAAAACCACCCAAACCAGUCACCAGACUGCCCUUCCAGCAACUUUGUUCACUCCACCACAUAACAGCACAACCAGUCACAAGUCUGCUCAACCCAGUCAUGCCCCAGGCCCAACCACAGCUGCACACAAUACCACCCAAACGACCUCACCUAGUACCACGGCUUCCGGACCCACUCUUGCACCUCGGGCUUCGUCAGCCAAGACUGGAAUUUAUCAAGUUCUAAAUGGAAGCAGGCUCUGUAUCAAAGCAGAGAUGGGGAUAGAGCUAACGGUUCAAGACACAGAGUCGGUGUUUUCACCUCAGAGAUACUUCAACAUCGACCCUAACGCAACCCAAGCUUCUGGGAACUGUGGCUACCGAAAAUCCAACCUUCUCUUGAAUUUCCAGGGCGGUUUUGUGAAUUUCACAUUUACGAAGGAUGAAAACUCGUAUUAUAUCAAUGAAGUGAGAGCCUAUUUGACAGUCUCAAAUCCAGAGAAAAUUUACCAAGGAAUGAAAAGUUCUGUGGUGAUGUUUGAGACUGUGGUUGGGCAUUCCUUCAAAUGUGUGAGUGAACAGAGCAUCCAGCUGUCAACCCACCUUCAACUGAAAACAAUGAAUGUCCAAUAUCAAGCCUUUGAUUUCGAAGAUGACCACUUUGGAAAUGCGGAUGAAUGCUUCACUGACAGAAACAGGAGAGAAAACCCUGUGGCCGUGGGCCUGAGUAUCGCAAUACUGCUUGUCGUUUUGCUAACAGCAUGUCUGGUGGCCAACAAGAGGCCCAGUACAGGAUAUGAACGCAUUGGACGAGUGUUCAUCUGACUACACAAUUGUGCUUCCUGUGAUUGGGGCCAUUGUGCUUGGUCUCUGCGCUGUGGGUUUGAUUGUCUAUGGACUCCGCCUAAGACACGAAUCAUCUGGAUACCAGAGAAUCUAAUUGGUGCCCUGGGGAAAAGAAAACAAUGGGGUUUAGAGAAUUCUUUCAUCAGUUCCAGGAUGUUGGGACGUCCCUUAGAAUUAGUCCUUUCAACGACGUAAACCACCAUCUUUCACAAAACCCAAGUCAUUUCUGAUUGAAGUUCAAGCAGCAAAUCAAUUUCUGCAUAUUUUUUGUUCAUUUUAUGAAAGGCCUAGUGAGCUGUUUCAGAGUGAAUUCCUGUUUCACAGAGAAAAUUUCCUUCAAAAUAUUUUAACCAUUCUAAGUCAACAUUUGAGAUAUGUUAAAUUAACAUAAUGUAUGCAAAGUGGUAUAUGCUUCCAAACUAUAAACUAAAAUGUCAUUUGUAAUUAAUGCUACCUGUGUACAUUGGGGAUGUUAUUUUAUCCUUCAUCUUUCCCAUUAAAAAAAUGCCUCAGCUUUGUCUAUAAAA